AUGUCGAUAGCCACCCCCAAAGUCCACGGCGUCAAGCGGUCUGCCGCCGAAGCCCUGGAGAACGACCAGCGCCUGGCCAAACGCUUCGACCUUCUAAACAUAGACAGCAAUGGCAAGCUCUACAUACCCGUCGCCGCCUCGUCGCGCGCACCCCCGCCAACGCUUGAACCCCAAGAGGCCCCGCCGCCCAGGCCCGCCGAUGGAGGCGGCGACGACGACUGGAUGCAGCUCGAGGAUACAAAGGACAAGAUCUACAUCUACGACCUAGAUAAGGAGCUCGCCGAGAUCGAGUCAGACGAGGACAAGCCUGUGUUUCUCCCCGAUAUUGAGAAACAUCUCGCGCGCAUCCCGAAACACCUCCUAGUGGGGCAGGAUCUCCAACAGACCCGCGAUAAUCAGCUCGUGCUUUACAAGGUCCCGAGCUCCCUGACGGUCCCUGAGGACAAGGACAGCGUGAGGAAGGCCAUCAUCGAGGCAAGAGCCAGGGCGAGCGAGAACCACCAAGCUCCCGGGGACGGCGACGCUGCGACGAGCGCUACGAAUGCGACGAAUGACGAUUUCAUGGCAGUAGAAGGGGAGGACACAAUGGACGACGUCGAUAAAAUGGAUAUGGACUGA